UGCGUGUUUUCCCCGGUCUCUUUUCUCGGUUUUAUGUGGUGGGCUGACUGAGAUUCAGGGACACCAAGACGUGGUCUCGGCACUGCUCGAUGCAGGUGCUAAGGUCGACCAGCAGGAUCGCAAUCAGUGGAGCGCUCUGAUGUGGGCGAUGACGAACCGGCAUAAAACGAUCGCGAAAAUUCUUCUGGAUCACGGAGCGUCGCCAGAUAUCAAGUCCUCGUCGGGUGGCACGGCGUUCGACUUCGCGCAGCCGGGCAGCGAGAUCUCGGAAUAUCUGCAUGAGAAUGGGUACAACUUCGGGCCGAGCGCGAUCGAGGACGACUUCUACGACUCCGGGUUUGCUCAUGGUCGCUUCGAGGAGGAGUUUGCUGAGAAUGAGAUGAAGCGGCGCAUGAUGAUGGAGGAGAGUGCGAUCAACCUGGAAGUUGACUUGUCGAGCCUGGGGCUCGAUGAGAAAUUCGACGUACGUGUCUGGAUUCUUGAUACAUAUCUGUUCUAUGCAGUGCUGACCGUUCCUGGGCUGGUAGUCAUUUGAAGAAGAGGACCUCGAAGAAGAACAGCAGGAGUUUGUUUGGGACCGAUGUCUGAAUGAUCAGAUGUUUGUCUUCCAGGACCACGAGUUGGAACGGAUUCUGGACAUAAUCAUCACCAACAUGACUCCGCAACGCUCCCCCUCGCAAAAGCCCGUGCCCGCCAACCUACUUUUCCUCAGCGCGCGGUAUGCGCACUACCAUGCCAGCCCCGAAUUGCUGGCCCAGCUUCUGGUGUCGGCGACGGACAAGAUCAACGACGUGGUCGAACGCCAUCAAUGGGAUAUGACUAUCCUGGCAUUCUGGAUGUCCAACGCCACUCUCCUGCUACAUUACUUAAAGAAGGACGGCGGCCUGGUAGAGUCUACUGUGGAGUUUCAGCUACAUCUGGCCGAACUGGUCAACGAGAUCUUCAUCCUGAUCAUCCGCGACGCGGAGCGCCGCAUGAACAAAGUGUUGGACCACGCGAUGCUGGACCACGAGACGAUCCCGGGAUUGGAAGACGUCCACUUCCAGAACGAGUGGAAACUCUUCCGCUCGAAAUCCAAAGCCAAAGCCCCCGAACCCGCGGAGAAGCGCUUUCGACCGCCCUCUCCCCGCCGGCGAGCGCAGAUCUCGCCGCGCAAUAUCACCUCCCUACUGUCGUCGACCCUCUUUGUCCUUGACCUCUACGACGUCCACUCCGUCAUCACUACGCAGAUCAUCUCGCAGCUCCUCUACUGGCUGGGAGCCGAAAUCUUCAAUCGCAUCAUGACCACCAAGCGAUAUCUGGCGCGCACCAAGGCGAUGCAGAUCCGCAUGAACGUGUCGACCCUGGAGGACUGGGCUCGCAACAACAACCGGCAGCCGGAGCACUACGAGAACGGGUCAACCAGCUGCACGGGCGAAAGCACCAUGGAAGCGGCGCGCCGACACAUGGCACCUGUUAUUCAACUUCUCCAGUGGCUGCAAUGCUUCUCGUCGCUUGGGGACGACUUCGAGUCGCUGGUGACCACGUUGCUUCAACUGCAACAACUGACGCCGGCGCAGCUGCUUCACGCGGUCAAGUCGUAUCGGCCGGAGGUGGGGGAGAAGGGACUGACCAAACCGGCGAUGAAGUUCUUGAUCGAGUUGCAACGCGACCCGGACCUGCUGCACCGGGAGUCGGCCAAGAUGCAGCAAGCGCACAGCACGCCGGCGGCUGGAUCCGCCUCCGCCGACGAGCGCCCCGGGACGCCUCGCGCCGACCAGGCGACGCCGCGAACAUCGGAGGCGCCGGGCACCCCCGAGCGGUCGGGACGAACGUCGACGUCGAUGGCCUCGCCGUCAUCGACCAACGCGUCGCGCAUGGACGAUCGCAACGGAGCCAACGGCAUCUUUUUGGAUCCGUCGUUGACGCUGCCCUUCUCGUUACCUACCAGCACGGACAUGUUGAUCAGCUACGGGGCGGGAUGGGGCGGGACGAAUCGUGAACGAGCGCGCAAGUAUAUUCCGACGGUGCCACCGGAGGUGUUGAGUCGAUUUGAUCGCGAUAGUUAGAAAAUAAAUUAGACAAGGAAGAACGAGGUGGAGAAGGAGAGAAGCGGGCAAGGCGAGGAUGACUGGUUGUGUGAUAUACCCCCCGUUCAGUCGGAUGAUUCUUUUUCAAUUCGAGUAUAUAGGAUUUUUGGCCAGUUCAUAGUACGGAGUAGUGGGAGUACACAAUGUAGAUAAAAGAGAAAGGAGGCAAUCUCCAGCAGAUGGCGAUGUUCAUUGGAAUUACCAGAUCCGGCGUCAGACGAGAUCAAGAUGAAACCGCCUCGUUUGGCGUCCAGCAAAGUGGCUCCAAACGGUCCAAACCAGGCCGAAAAGGGGAAGCAGAGAGCCAGGCAUCGACAUUUCGUCUUGGAUUCAUUUUAAUUUCAAGCCUUGUUUUGGGGCCUUAUUGGUUCCCGUGGGUCGGUUGGUCUGUCGAGUUCGUGGGAGGUUCAAUUGUUCAUAUAUAAGGCGGGAGUGCCUGCCGAACCACUUGAGUCUGUCUGUGAGUCUGAUUCGGAUUCUAUACGUCUGUAAAUUUUCUCUCGACGUGGUGAACCGGACCGAGCCGUUCGGAGGAAGUGGGAAAAAGAAAAGAAGAAGGUCGACUUCCAAGACUUUGU